UGUCAGAUGAUGGCGGGGCGGGGAGCCCCUGCGCGAUGGGACGGGGUAACGGCCUUAGACUGAGACGGGGCGGGUGGAGGUUGGGCGCUGGGGAGGAAAUCCUUCGCGCAGAGGGCGGUGAGGCGCUGGCACGGCUGCCCGCAGAGCUGCGCUGCCCCGUCCCCGGGGGCGAUCGAGGCCGGGUUGGCUGCGGCCCUGGGCAGCUGAACUGGUGGGGAGCAGCCCUGCCUGAGGCACGGGUGGGACUCAGGGGACUUUAAGUUCCCUUCCAGCCCAGCUUUGCGGUUAUGACAGUUCCUUCAGGCUACUUUUCCCUCGUGUGUAUGACAUGGUUCAGCCUAAGCCCCUUUUUGUGACAAGACUUCUUUAUAUAUGUUGCUAGAAUUCUAUUUUUCUCUUUCUAUAAUGCUGCUGUUUGGAUUUUGUGUACCUCAUACACCUGUGUGUUAGCAACACUUACCUGUUUUUAAUUUCCAUGGGUCAAAACUGACGUUCAUCUGGUCACCCCCUCAGUGUGUGCUUGUAGGCUUGGGCUGUGACUUCCGUGUGGUUGGUAAGGCCAAGAGCAGUAAGGGAGAGGGCCCCGCAGCUUGAACUUUUCUCAGCAUUUGAGGAUGUUUCCUCUAGGUCACAUCUAGGCCGUCUCUCCCAUAUGUGUUGCUAAGAUUGCUUAAAAUCCCGCCUUGCGCUUCUUGGCUGUUAAGAUGAGCAAGUUCUGUUCUGCUUAGAUAUAACAUAAAGGUGGCAAGUUCCGCAGUAAGCGUGCCGCCCGGAGAACUAAAUUAUGCAGUAGGGGUUGCUUCGGUGGCAAGAAGAAAGCUGCCUGGGCAUGGUUCCCUUUUUGUGAGCUGGGGCAAAAGGGCGACAUGCAGACAGGCAGUCUGUGCAGGCUGUGUGUUGUGGGUGCAGUGUGACAGCUGUGCUCUGCACAGUGCAGGGCCCACAGCCCUAAUGGAUUGCUGCCGGGAGGUGGGCAUUGGCCCCGGGGGCAAGGCCUGCUCUCACCCUACACCACGUGGUGACACGUGUGGCUCGGUCUCUCCUGGGAGCUUUUCUCCUGGUGUAAAUGUGGGAGCGGAGCUGCCACGUGCCAGCUUCUGUGUUUGGUACGUUUUAAGGCAUUCUGUGGUUUGGUUUUACUUCUGAUAACACUUUUGUAGGGCUGUAUACCUUUUUUUUUUUUCCCUUCAGUCUGUGCCCAUUACUUAUGUAAAUAGAAGACUGGGAGCCUGUGCCCCAGUGGCUCUUCUCUGUGUUUAAAAGAGUUUAAAAGCAGUUAAAGUGGAACUGAAAUCAAUGAAGUGCUGUCUCGUUCCUUGGAAAGCAAUACAGAACCUUGCUACAAAAGCAGAUCAGCAGAAUACCGUGUGUAGAGCAGUGUCUAGUUUUAACUAAGUACAUUCCUUAGAUGUAUCUUAGAAUAUCUAUCUUAGAAAAGUGAUUAAAAAGAUUUCUUAGCAAUUGCAAACCAAAACGAUGCAAAGUUAUCUUCAGUUGCGUGUACUUGUUUGCUCAGUCAGCCUGAACGGAGUGGGUCUGCACUAUGGUGCACUAAGCUUGAGUGCCUUAUGAAGUGCUCUUCUGACUGGUCUUUAAAAAGCAAUGGUCUCUCGGGUAUCAGAGUUGCAUUUAGGAGAGUUACUGCCCUAGAAGGACUGUGGGAGUUAGUCAUUACUUGAAGACUGGGCGUAUAAUGUACUGUGGAGAACGGUUGUCACUGUAACUAUGCUUUUAUCAAACUAAAUGCUGUUUUUCCCCUUUCAGUUUGAAUUCUCCUCCAAGCAAAAUACCCCUUCAGGCUCCUUUAUGCCACUCCAAUUGCCUGUAUCAGAGAUUACACGAUAUAAGAAAAGCUGCGUGUUCAGAGGCAUCUGUGCAUGAGGAGAAGUUUGUUCUAUGGCCUCGGAGCUGGGUGCCAGGGAGGAUGGCAGCUGCUCAGAGCUGGCAAAACCCCUUUAUCUGCAGUACCUGGAGAAAGCUCUGCGAUUGGAUCAGUUUUUACGACAGACGUCUGCCAUCUUUAACAGGAAUAUAUCCAGUGAUGAAAGUGAGGAUGGAUUGGAUGACAAUCCUUUGUUGCCUCAAUCUGGGGAUCCCCUGAUGCAAGUUAAGGAAGAGCCUCCAAAUGCUUUGCUUGGGGAAUCUUCUGGAGUAGGGAAUUCAGGAGUGCUGAACACACAUUCCCUGAAUGGAGUACUGCAGCCAGAGCCAAAGUCUGAAAAAGGGAGCUUGUAUAACUUUUCUAAACUGAAGAAAAGCAGAAAGUGGCUGAAGAGUAUCCUUCUGAGUGAUGAUUCCAGUGACACAGAUUCUCCAAGUGAUGAGGAUGGAGAAGAUGAAGAAUUUUCUCUUUCAAGGGAGGAGCUUCACAAUAUGCUGCGAUUACACAAAUAUAAGAAACUACAUCAAAGUAAAUACAGCAAAGACAAAGAGUUGCAGCAAUACCAGUACUACAGUGCAGGACUGCUGUCUACAUACGAUCCUUACUAUGAGCAGCAGCGCCACCUGCUAGGGCCCAAGAAAAAGAAGUUUAAAGAAGAGAAAAAAUUGAAAGGAAAGUUGAAAAAAGUAAAGAAAAAGAGGAGACGGGAUGAAGAUCUCUCUUCGGAGGAGUCACCGGAACACCACCAUCACCAGACCAAAGUUUUUGCCAAGUUUUCUCAUGACACACCACCACUUGGGUCCAAGAAAAAGCAUAUGUCUAUUGAACAACUUAAUGCUCGUCGGCGAAAAGUUUGGCUUAGCAUUGUUAAAAAGGAGUUGCCAAAGGCUUACAAACAAAAAGCAUCAGCGCGCAACCUUUUCCUUACCAACAGCAAAAAGCUUGCUCAUCAGUGCAUGAGAGAGGUACGUCGAGCUGCUCUCCAGGCCCAGAAAAACUGUAAGGAAACUCUACCACGGGCACGUCGUCUUACCAAGGAGAUGCUUCUCUAUUGGAAAAAAUAUGAAAAGGUAGAAAAAGAACAUCGCAAACGGGCUGAGAAAGAGGCUCUGGAGCAGCGCAAGCUGGAUGAGGAGAUGAGAGAGGCUAAAAGGCAGCAGCGAAAACUUAACUUCCUGAUCACACAAACUGAAUUAUAUGCCCAUUUUAUGAGUCGUAAGCGAGAUAUUGGGCAUGAUGGAAUCCAGGAGGAAAUCCUACGCAAACUGGAAGACAGCUCUACCCAAAGGCAGAUUGACAUUGGAGGAGGAGUAGUGGUCAACAUCACCCAGGAAGAUUAUGAUAGUAACUAUUACAAGGCCCAAGCUCUGAAGAAUGCUGAGGAUGCUUACCAGAUUCACCAAGCCCGGACUAGAUCAUUUGAUGAAGAUGCAAAGGAAAGUCGAGCAGCUGCUUUACGGGCUGCUAACAAGUCUGGUACUGGCUUUGGGGAGAGCUACAGUUUAGCAAAUCCGUCUAUCCGGGCAGGGGAAGAUAUUCCACAGCCUACUAUUUUCAAUGGGAAACUGAAAGGUUACCAACUGAAAGGCAUGAAUUGGCUGGCAAACCUAUAUGAGCAGGGCAUCAAUGGAAUCCUGGCAGAUGAAAUGGGUUUGGGUAAAACAGUACAAAGUAUUGCUCUCCUUGCACAUCUGGCUGAAAGAGAGAACAUCUGGGGACCUUUUUUAAUAAUCUCGCCUGCAUCUACUCUUAACAACUGGCACCAGGAAUUUGCCAGAUUUGUUCCUAAAUUUAAGGUGCUACCUUACUGGGGAAAUCCCCAUGAUAGAAAGGUCAUCAGGAAGUUCUGGAGUCAGAAGACAUUGUAUACUCAGGAUGCUCCUUUCCAUGUGGUGAUUACCAGUUAUCAACUGGUAGUACAGGAUGUGAAGUAUUUCCAGCGAGUGAAGUGGCAAUAUAUGGUGCUGGAUGAAGCACAAGCGCUCAAGAGCAGCUCCAGUGUUCGCUGGAAGAUCCUACUGCAGUUCCAGUGUCGAAAUAGGUUGUUACUGACAGGGACCCCAAUCCAGAACACAAUGGCUGAGCUAUGGGCCCUGCUGCAUUUUAUCAUGCCAACAUUGUUCGAUUCCCAUGAAGAGUUCAAUGAGUGGUUUUCUAAAGACAUAGAAAGUCAUGCAGAGAACAAAUCUGCCAUUGAUGAAAACCAGCUAUCCCGCUUGCACAUGAUCCUGAAGCCUUUCAUGUUGAGAAGAAUCAAGAAAGAUGUGGAAAAUGAACUGUCAGAUAAGAUUGAGAUUCUUAUGUACUGCCAGCAGACAAGUCGACAGAAGCUGUUGUAUCAAGCUCUGAAAAAUAAAAUCUCUAUCGAUGACCUCUUGCAAUCCUCAAUGGGCACUACUCAGCAAGCACAGACCACUACUAGUAGUCUCAUGAAUCUAGUCAUGCAGUUCAGGAAGGUGUGCAACCACCCAGAGCUAUUUGAGCGACAAGAAACUUGGUCUCCAUUUCACAUCUCCUUAAAGCCAUACCCAAUUUCAAAGUUCAUCUACCGUCAUGGACAGAUCAGGGUCUUCAACCACUCACGGGACAGGUGGUUACGGGUUUUACUUUCGCCAUUUGCACCAGACCACAUCCAGCAGUCUCUCUUCCAUAGGAAGGGCAUCAAUGAAGAAAGCUGUUUCUCUUUCCUCCGGUUUAUUGAUGUCUCGCCAGCAGAAAUGGCAAACCUCAUGAAUCAGGGACAUUUAGCCAGAUGGUUAGCUCUUUUCCUGUCUCUGAAGGCCUCCUACAGGCUCCAUCAUUUGCGCUCCUGGAUGGAACCAGAAAGAGAGAAACAGGAGGGCUCACACUGUUUAAAGAACAAGGAUUUCUUGCUUGAUGUAAAUUUCCCACUGUCUUUCCCUAACUUGCACAGCUGCACUUUGCUGCAGAACCUUGUGUUCAGUAGCCACUGUAAAGCAGUUACUGGCUAUUCAGAUCAUGUCAUACAUCGAAGGAGAUCAGCUACCUCAUGUGUACGGUGCUGCCAGGUGACUGAGCUGCCGUCCUUCCUGUGCAUAGCCAGUCCACGGGUAACAGCUGUGCCACUGGAGUUCUACUGCAAUGAUCGAAGUGCAGAAUACGAGCGCAGAGCACUAAGGGAAGGAGGAAGUCUUGAAGCAAAGCAGUGUUUAGUCAAUGGAGCCCCUGAGCUAGCAGCUGACUGGCAGAAACAAAGCUCCCAGUUCUUCCCAGAAUAUCCAGGAGGACUGUUGGGGAUCAGGCCUCAGAACGGCUGGUCUUUCAUCAGGAUACCAGACAAGGAGAGUCUGAUCACCGACAGUGGAAAACUUCAUGCUCUUGAUCUUCUGUUGACACGGCUAAAAUCUCAAGGGCACAGAGUUCUUAUCUACUCUCAGAUGACACGCAUGAUUGACUUACUGGAGGAAUAUAUGGUUUAUAGGAAGCAUACCUACAUGAGAUUGGAUGGUUCUUCAAAGAUUUCUGAACGAAGGGAUAUGGUAGCGGAUUUUCAAAACAGGAAUGAUAUUUUUGUGUUCCUGUUAAGCACAAGAGCUGGAGGCCUGGGCAUUAACCUUACCGCUGCAGAUACGGUAAUUUUCUAUGACAGUGAUUGGAACCCAACAGUAGACCAGCAAGCCAUGGACCGGGCACAUAGGUUGGGACAAACCAAACAAGUCACUGUGUACAGAUUGAUAUGUAAAGGCACCAUUGAGGAGCGCAUCUUACAAAGAGCUAAGGAAAAGAGUGAGAUCCAACGAAUGGUUAUUUCAGGUGGCAAUUUCAAACCUGACACUUUGAAGCCAAAAGAGGUGGUCAGUCUUCUACUAGACGAUGAAGAACUAGAAAAGAAAUUGCGUCAGCGUCAAGAAGAGAAGCGACAGCAAGAAGAAACAAAUCGUGUGAAGGAACGUAAACGUAAAAGGGAAAAAUAUGCUGAAAAGAAGAAGAAGGAGGAUGAAUUGGACGGGAAGAGAAAGAAAGAGGGCAUGAACCUUGUGAUCCCGUUCGUUCCCUCAGCUGAUAACUCCAACCUGUCUGCUGAUGGGGAUGACUCCUUUGUUAGUGUAGACUCUGCCAUGCCCAGUCCUUUCAGUGAGAUAUCCAUCAGCAGUGAAUUACACAUGGGCUCUAUCCCUCCUGAUGAGAGCAGCAAUGAUAUGCUUGUGAUUGUGGAUGAUCCAGCUUCUUCAGCACCUCAGUCAAGGGCAACAAACUCUCCUGCUUCCAUUACUGGCUCGGUUUCAGACACCAUAAAUGGAGUUGCAGUGCAAGAUACACCUCUCACUGGCAGAGGCCAGUCAAGUCGAAACCGCGGUCGUCCUAAAGGAGGGAAUGCUGGAUCUAAGGGCACUGGGAAAAGCAGAAGCCGGAAAUCGAUAGCAGGAAGCGCGGCUGCAAUGGCAGGUGCCAAAGCAGGGGCGGCAGCAGCCUCUGCAGCGGCGUAUGCAGCGUACGGGUACAAUGUCUCCAAAGGCAUGUCUUCAAGUAGCCCUCUACAAACAGCAAUUAUUCGGCCUUCUGGACUGGCAGAUUUUGGACCUUCAAGCGCCUCUUCUCCUUUGAGUUCGCCUUUGAGCAAAGGAAACAGUGUUUGUGGCACCCCCAAAAGCUUAAACCUGACCAGCAGUCUUGUAUCAGAAACUGCCAUUCGGAAGCAAAGCAAAGGUGCCCACACCUCAGGUGCUCGGUAGUAAUUUUGAACCCCCAAAGCUUGUCUAAACUGUGUUGGCUAUUGGAGAAGACCACCCUGCAAGCUGAAGGCAUGCAAAUGAAUGCCUUGUUGCUGUCAUGCACCUGUGUGAAAAGAAAAUCAAAGCACAAUAGGAAUGGGUGGUUUAUGUGAGCACUUUGAUUACGUGUAUCCCAAAAAAUUAUCUUUGCAGACACUGCAAGAAGGAUGGAAAGGGGGUCUGGAGUGUCUGAGAGAGUGUCAGAUGUGGUUUUAUGAUGUGUAUCUGACAGAGAUUCCUGAGAAAGCAUCCAGGUACUCCAUGCAAAAUCCCGAAGCUGUGUGUACUUGAAGUCACACCAGUGUAUUUUCUCUCUUGUAGCUUGAGGUGGAACUCAGCUUUAGUUUUAUUUCAUGAAAUCGGUAUCUGAAUGCCAGAGUCAGAAGACAUUUCUGUACUGGGAGCUGGUUGGUGUACGUGCAGGGGCUAACUAGGGGCCUAGCUGAGGACAUGGUGUGAUCAAAAAAAUCUUGUAUUCUUCUAGUGUGGACCUCUGGUUGUUUUUUUUGUUUGUUUAUUUUUAUUUUCUUGAAGGUUUGAAAUGCAAAGGAAGGUAUCUCAGGGGGCUUCUGGGGAGCGGACUCUUGUCAGCACAGUUUGUCAAGAAUAGGGUAAGAGCUCUGACAGGUCUAGUGGGAGCAGCAGCACUGCCUCUGUUUUGUACAGUGGAAGAAGCCACAAGCCAGUGGUUUGGUUUGUGUUUCAGAGUUCUUACCAGGGUGAGCAUUCACUGUACUUAGAAUGAUUUUUCUCAUCUUUGAGGUGUGCUGAGCUCAUAAAGGCUCAGGAAUGCAAUCAGGCUCUACUUGUACAGAUCUCAAGAAGAGGGAAAGCUGCAGUGCCGAGGAAGAGUUUGCCGCUGUUCCUCUCACUGUGCCAUAGCAGAGCAUAGUUCUGCAGCUAGCAGCUCUGCGAGCGGAACAAUGAAAAACAGCACUGAGAAAGAGAACUGUGCCAUUCACCUUUCCAGCCAAAUCCUGGGAAGAAAAUUUGUCUCGUAUCCCAGCCAUCCAUUGAUUGUUCUUCCGGUGUGUUUUCCCUUCAUCUUUGUGGUCAUCAGACGUAGUAGCUUGGUUGAGUUCCCUACCACGUGCAGGUACUGGUAGCCAUCUCCCAUAGGCUGAUAGAGAGCAGGGCUGCCAGUGCCCGUCUGUGUUCUCAUUCUCCUAUUGCUCCUUCUCCUUCCUCAAUGCACAGACCCCUUUGUAGGCCCAUGCUUUGCUGUAAGCAUUGUCUGCAUUGCACUGAGAUUUAGGUGUGGGGCAGUUCUUCUGUCUGACACAUUGAAUUAAAAGGCUGUUCUGCCAGGGCACUUUCAAUCCAUCAAGAGAGAAGCAAGCUAUGAAUUGCAGGUCUGGGCUGUGACAGCAGAAGAUGACUUAUUAUUAUUUUUUUUUCCAACCCCAAAUCCUUUGCCUGGCGUCCUACAGUGUGGAGCAAGUGCUUCCUGUUGGCUCUGCCUCUAAUUUGCACACCUGAAAAUAGCAGAACUGAGCUUAGUUAGAUUGAUUUUUAAACAGAUUUGCAGGGGAUAAUUGAGGGAGAGAUUGUGUUUAAUUAACUCAUCGAAGAUUUCUCCCUUCCCCUUGUAUUCACAUGUAUAUAUGAUAGUUAGAGGGAAUCAGACAAAUGCCAAGCCUUUUUUUCUCUUUGAAUGUGCUGUCUAUUUUUAUAACUGAACUUGUACAUAUGUAUAAAGAGAGACACACCUUUCUUUUACUAACUGGAGAAGAAAAUCUUAAAUAAAAUGGAGUGAGAUAAUUUUAUGUAAAUCAGCGUCUUUGUGGUUUUUAUGCUUAAAACUAAAUGAAUGAGAGGGUUAGGAAAGAGAGCAUGGAGGGUGCACGUCUGCAAGUGCACCUGGGGGCAUGCUGCUCAGUGUAAUGCUCUGGUGUGUUUACAUUCCUCCGAGUGUCACAUUCUGUAACCUUUUUCAGUUACAACUGUGCGCGUUAUCCCGUGUCUGUAUACACCGGUUAUGUGGUAAGCUGCUUUGGAGCAGGUAUGCAACAGGUCACAGGAAAACAGAAGCAGUUGUAAUUGCAUAAUGGUAUCUGAGUUACGAUGGGUGAAUUUAACACGGUUGAUUGUUUUGGGACGUCAUUCUCUACAGAUUUUUCUUUUAAAAGCAGAAUUCCCUUUUUUUCAGUGAGAAGUGAAAUGACUUGCGUUGCAACUUUGAUUUUUGCACUGCAAGAUAAUGGUGUUAAUUUCAAGUAAUCCAAAGUGAAGAGAAAAAUACAUUUGUGACUUGAAAAGACUGCGAAAAAUGUAUGCUGUUGUGUGUGUGCUUUUGGAACAUUGAAGUAUUGAUACUGUGAAAACUGACAAUAGCAUAUUAAAAAUGCGUUUAAUCUUCAGACGAAAUAUAGGAUGGUAUCACAAGUUUUGGCAGAAGUAGCAGCAGCCUGGCUGGUUGCAGACCAGCAAAUUCAGGAAGACCAAACAUAGCAGUAAAGGAACUUCUAGAUCAGAUCCAGUUCAAAAUAUGUGAAAAAUUUAAACAGAUGAAUUAUUUGUAUUAUAUGUCAUAGAAGAGCUGGAAUUCUGAGAUAUUGAUCAAGGAAUUAGAAGGAGUUAAUGUCAAGGCUGUUCUAUUCAUUGAUUUGGUUUCGGGAAUUAAGUAGUGCUACAUAGACAAAGACUGGGAAACUUUUUAAGGAGAUGAGGGAAGUUUUGUGGUCUGCACUGGGGAAAAGAACUGUUCCUAAAAUGGAUGUGCAUAUUGCAGUUUUGUUCUUUGAGGUUUCAGUCUGAGCAUCUUUUCACUCUGUGCAUUGUGCGCUUGUUUUGUGGAUUAAUGGCAAGGAAUGUCCCUUUCCUCUAAGGGAGUGAGGUAUUUACUGCUGGCAGAAACAGAAUAUUGAAUUAAUGGAGUGUGGUCGAAGUGGUGAAAUGGUGAAAUAGAUGUCAGCGUGCUUUAUGGGAAGUUGGGCAUGCUGUGUAUUCCUCUUAUUAUUUCGUGGUAGCGUUGAUAUCUUCACUCAGCAGUUAGUGCAAAACUAUUACAUGCAGUUCCCUGAAUAUUACUCCAAGCCAUUUUCUCAUUCUGUUGUCCCCUUUUAGUCAGCUGCUACAUCUUAUUUUGCAAAGAGCUAAACACAUUGCUGGGAAAGAAUUUUCAUCUAGAACUGCCUCAGUUCUUAUCUUCACUGUACUAAUAUCACAGUGACCAAAUGUAAUAUUAUUUAUGUGCCUUUUCCCUUUUCUGUUGCAUGAUUUUCCCACCACAGUGUCUCUGCUCUUUGCUGUCUCAUGUUCUGUUUGUGGAAUGCCAUCUGUCUGCCUAGGGCUAUGGUUUGCUUUAUUGCCAUUUUCCUGAAGUAUUUCCCUUAGCAGCAUUUCUCAGGGGAAAAGGCGCAUCAAACUCAGUGGGAAAAGCUCUGUGCUGGAGGAGUAGGAAUCUUGCUUUGAUUGUAGCACAGCUGAGUUGUGGUUGGGAGGAGGAAGAGCCCAACUGAUAGAAUCUUUUGGGGCAGGAUGUGGAUCUGGCACUGUGGGAAAUGCUGCCUUAUGAGUGCAGUGCUGCAGUCCUGAUGUGCUUCUGAAUGCAAGGUGAGCUGCUCUGCUUCUGAUCCCAGAUGUGUUUACAGCUCUUCCUCCUCUCGCUUCUGCCUCUUUCCUUUUGAUUGACUGUUCAGUCUGAAACACAUGCUGUAACUCUGAAGGAGCCUUGUAGGCAUGUCUUGUUCUCACCUUCCUGCUCAACAAGAGGUGAUUGUGCACUUCAUGUUGUCCUCUUGGAACUUCUGUGCAAGUAGCUGGGAAGCACUUGAAAGCUGUCUGCCCAAAGAGAUGCUACUUGGAUGUUAAGUGUAACCGAGACAAAUAUGCUGAAAUAAAGCAUCAUGUGCCCCUAGGCAUAAACACUCUCUGAACUGUGAAGGGUUUAUUUUUCAUUUGCAGCAUGCACCAGGUGUGUAGUGGUAAGUAAGAGGGGAAGGGGCAAUUCAUUUCUUUUAGGAGCGCCAUUGUUAGGGUGAUACAGAUGGCCUGAGCUCUCAGAUCCAGCCAGCAGAUCUGCACUGUAAAUAGCUGUCUUUCUUGUAGCGUUCAGAUUACCAUUCUGAAAAGCCUACCCCAAAUGCCUUACAGAAUGGAGAAAUGCGUGUUAAGAUGAGCUGGAUUUCUUCCAGCUCUGUUAUCCUUUUAACUCCCACCUCUUCCCUCAGGAAGGUGAAUUUACCACAAGGCUGAUGGCUCUCCCAUAUGUUUUGUACCAAACUAUUCACACAAUGCUCUUCCAGUGGCAUAUGAAGGUAUUCAUCUGCAGCCCAGGCAUGAGGAAGUGUUUCAUUGCUCAGGUAUGAAAUGGCAGCUCCUUCCUUCCUUAACUGAUGAGCAUCACUGAUAGAAUGAGGUAGGGGAGGAAGAGAUUGAAACCACUUCCAUGGCUUCUUGAGUUUUCCCAGAGGCUGUUUCUUCCUUCUUCCAGUGUCAGAGUUAAAACCUCCCCUCUGUACUGCAGCACACGAGCAGAGAGGUGUGAUGUGGCACAGGGUCCCUUGUCAUAACUGAUAUUUGUCAAGUGCCUGUUUUUUCCUCCUUGCUCCUUAGCAUUACCUAACUGUUCUCAAGACCAAUGGGCUGUCUUUGGGAUUUCUGGCCACAGCAGAACUUUUAUUGUUAAACAAACAAUCCUCAGCCUUGCAUCACAAGGUUGUGGGAAUAGUGAGGGG